AUGGUGAAGAUGAAUCCCAAAACCAUAGUUACAAACCUCCUCCUCUUACUCCUGCAAAUCUCCAACUUCUCCAUCGUUGUCUUCUCUCUUGAGCGGUUAUAUAGGAAACCUUAUAAAUCGGAGUUUAGCAUACGACCAAGCACUGUCACACGUAUCAUCGUGGCCAACGAAUUAUGGGGUCUUAAGAACGGUAGCGCUGGCUUUGUAUGCGCUCACGGUCCCAAGGUUUGGCGUAAAAGCAAUCCGGGAGACUGGUACAUUGUAAUCGAGUUCGAACACACUGCGUGGUUCCUUGUAACGCAGGUCACCGUGGUCUCCCAGGCCGGGAGGUCACAUUUUGUCACAACGGAGCUGAACAUACGUAAUGAAAUGCAAGGCUUGAAACGUCCAGAGAUAGUUUACCACUGCCAAGCUAUAAAUAAUGGCCUUGAAUACGGUUGGAGACGAGCCAAAAAGCCACCAUUGGGCCAUACCUUCCAUGUACUCUUGGAAGGUGGCCAAAAACUGGAGGAGGAGAUUCACCGCUGCCAUUUCCGAUCGGUGCUCGGUAAAGCAGACGUCGAUAUCCACAUGACCGCGAUUGAUGCUGAGAUUUGUAAUUAUAAAAGGGCAUGUGCCGUUCAUGUGGUUACACCGGAAGGGAUAAUGUUUCAUGGUAAAGAAUGGGAUUUCAAAGAGAGGUAUCCACGGCUGAUACCACGGACAUAUCUUGAAGGUAAGUGGAAACCUUGGCCAUGACGCAGCAGCAGCGGCCGUGAGGACCCGAGAAGCCAACGUCGCUUUGGAGACUCGAUUGAAAGUGGAGAUGUGAGUUUCUCUAUAAUGUUGAGAAACGAAAUGUACGGCUUAAGACGUCCAUUGGUUGUCUACCGGUGCAAGUCAUCUGGAAAAUCUCUCCGGUGGCACCAAUCGUAUAGGAAACAGGAGUUUACAUGGGAUUUUGAAGUCCCGCCAUUUGGAAACGGCGUGGUCAUUCACCAGUGCCACUUCAUGUCGAGCCAAGGGACAGCGGAUGUCAUUAUCAAGACGUUGUCGAUGACAUCGAUCUUGUGCGGAGGACAUGUGUGUAAAUAUGUUAUUGGGCCGAACGGUAUAUAUUUCGUUGGUUUUGAGACCUAUUAUCCGCACAAUAUUUUCUUAAGAUUUGUGGAGUUGGUAAGGCCUGUUGUCAAGCUUGUUGAGCCAUGGAAGGCGUGGUCACCGCGGCAGCUAAAAGAGUUUCGAGCGGAACGCAACCGCACCAGGUCAGAGGAUGAUAACUACAUGGAAGACCACGAUUAG